AUGGACAAGCGGCCUGUCCAACGCGUUUCUGGGGCGGAACUGGCGGUGCGUGAGAAGAUCCGCGCGUGCCUCGACAGCGGAAUCGAACAGCUUGACUUUUGGCAAAUGGGCCUGGAGGAGUUGUCUAGCGAGACCUUAAGUCCCCUCGCUUCCUUCGAGUGCAUCCCCGUCGUCGCAAAGGACGUUGCAUUUGAACAAAAGGAUCCGGAGCUCGAAAUGUACCUGGCGAUGAACCGGUUGCGGACCCUCCCCGGCGCGUUGUUCGACCUCACACAUCUCUCCAUCCUGUCUCUCCGCGGCAACAAGUUGACCGAGCUGCCGCCUGCCAUCUGCAAGCUGCGCAACCUACGGGAGCUCAACGUGUCGCAAAACCGGCUACGGUAUCUCCCUGCGGAGCUCCUUGACCUGAUGGAGCCGAACUCGAAGCUGCGCACGUUGGUGUUGCAUCCAAACUCUUUCUACGAGCCGGAGGAGCCCUUUUCGCGGGACUUGGAUAGGCCCGAAGUCCAUUCGCAUCACUCGCUGGGCGACGGUCACCCGACGCCGCACUUCACAUCCACACACCGCGGACGUUCGCCGCUUCAAAUCUGCGAUUCCCGAGGGGAGGUGCUCUCGGACUUUCGAAUGCCGUCUGUCGAAUCCGCGCGGAGGAUUGCGGUGGAUGGAAGCACACCCAAUGACCCGCCGACAUCCUCACAGAGCGCAGCAGCUACGCGACGAGACCCGCCCCGACCCAGUGUCGUGCCCACGCUUGUCGAGGCAGCCCUUUUGAGUUGCUCCAGUAGUAGCCAGCUCGGCGACUUGGAGUUUUACAUGCCCGACGGCCUGCCUUGGUUGCGGCAACUACUGCGCCGGGCAACGCGACAGAAGGAGGCAGGAGGACUCGGAUGCUCGCGGUGUAGGCGGCCGCUCGUCGUGCCGCGACUCGAAUGGUUGGAGUGGCGGGAUCUAGGCACCUUUGAACUCGCUGAAGGGACGGGACAGAGGCGGAGGUUGACGGUGCGGCCGCUGAGCAUGGCGGAGCAUGAGAGAGCUGUGCCCUUUUUGCAUCGCGGGUGCUCGUGGGAAUGUGGGCCAGAGCGAUAG